UGCAAGGACAGUGUUCUCAACACGCCCCUCGAAGUUCUCCUGUCUUCCGUUUUCUUCAGCUAGCUAUUUGUUUCAACAUAAGUUAUAUAUAUAUAUAUAUAUGGUGAGGCCGGAGGAGGAGGCAAUGGCGGCCGAGCGGAGCAGCGACGGCCAUGGCGCCACCAGGUACAAGGGCGUCAGGAAGAGAAAGUGGGGCAAGUGGGUGUCGGAGAUCAGGCUGCCCAACAGCCGCGACCGCAUUUGGCUCGGUUCCUACGAUUCGCCGGAGAAGGCGGCCAGGGCUUUCGACGCCGCUCUCUUCUGCCUCCGCGGGCCCUCCGCUAACUUCAACUUCCCCGACAACCCGCCCCACAUCCCCAGUGGCGGCUCCCUCAGCUCCGCCGAGAUCCAGGUAGCCGCCGCUCGGUUCGCCAAUUUCCAGUCGCAGACCAGUAACUACUCGGCUCAUCGUUCUUCUUCUUCUUCUUCGUCGUCGUCUUCGACGUCCGAAAUGCAUGCACGCCUAGAGUCUCUGUCUCCGUCGGUCUGCUGCGGCGUGGGGACGGGCCAAGUGGGGGGCAUGGUGGACAGGACGUUUUUGAAUCAUUUCGCCGGCAUGGGUCCGUCUGAUAAUACUAAUCCUGCUCCGCUGGCGGCGUCGUUUGAUGCUUUCCCGGAGUUCGACGAUUUCUCGAACGAUUUCUUUGUGCCGCCGCUCCCCGGAGCAACGGAUUAUGGAGAAGAAACUUCCGAUGGCGCUUGCACCCACGAUUCAUUUCUGUGGAAUUUCUAGUGAAGUAGGCGAAAGCGGCAAUAAUUGGAUGAUUUGAGAAAACUGGAAAAUAGCAAAUAUCGCUGACACUAAAGUAGCUAAGCUAGUUAAUAAUACAACACAUCACAUCUUUAACUCAGUUAAACCUUGCUUUUUCUGAGGUGAAAAAGUACAUUUCAGUUUUCAGAUAUCUCAACUUACAUAUAUGUGAGAUAUAUUACAGCAUAUGUAUGCCUUUGUAUUAGUGUUUGUGUAUUUUUUUACCUCAUGUAAUCAAAUAAAGUGACAGCGUGACAAUAUAUUAUUAAAAAUAUAUAAAGUAUGAGAGUAGCUAGGGAUUAAGUUGGUUUUGAUAUUUGGAAAAGAGAUCCAUAUGGGUUGGUUGGAACUUGGAAUAUACCUUUGUGCCAAAAGAAGAUCAAAAGAUAAUUU